UGAAGAGAGGGGGAAAGAGAGAGUUAGAGAACGAGAGAGAGCGUGAGAGAAAGAGAGAGAGAGAGAGAGAGAGAGAGAUAACUACAAAGACUUAGCAAUGGGUUAUGACGUAGUUAUUAGAACUCUUAUGCUAACAAAUGACACUGUGGGAGGUUCCAAUUUAACAGCACUUAAACCUCCGUAUUUGAAUAAUGAUAAUCUAUGACCAUGACGUAAUUAUCAUUAUUUUUAUUCAGUCAGUCUGCCAGGGCAAAGCUUUAUUUCCUGCUUAUUUGUCCUUACACGUUUUAUGUGCACGUCAUCAUCAGUUAAUAUGAAAAUUUUGCUGUCACAAAAAGUCAAAUAUCAGAUUCAGCUGAAGCUUCUGCUUGGAAUACGUGAUGCUGCGCGGGUGUAAGAUAAGAAACAACAAUUUCUAAUGAAGUCAAGAUGUGUAAGUAAUCUCAUCUGGGCACUAUCCAUGGAAACAGAGUAAUCAUCAAAUGCCUGAUAACCAUACCUGUAAUCGGCACAACCACUGCACCGAUGUGAAAGUUCUUAUCGGAAGGUAAGAUGCAGCUACAGUACUGCUAUGAGUCCAUCAAUAAGUCUUGUGAAAAGAAUAACUGGCCAAGCAGCAUAAGGAUUCCAAUGUAUGUCUUCAUGAUUAGCACUAUCUUGACAACCCUGGCUGGAAAUCUAGCGGUCAUCAUCUCCAUAUCUCAUUUCAAGCAGCUUCAUAUGCCAACAAAUUACCUAAUCCUCUCCAUGGCCACUGUGGAUUUCCUACUAGGAAGCAUUGUUAUGCCAUAUAGCAUGGUGAGAUCAGUGGAGAACUGCUGGUACUUUGGGGACAUAUUCUGUAAAAUCCAUACAGGAACAGACAUUAUGCUCAGUACAGCAUCCAUAUUUCAUCUCUCCUUCAUCGCUGUGGAUAGAUACUAUGCAGUAUGUGAUCCACUGAGAUAUAAAACAAGAGUAAGUCUACUUACUGUAAUUAUCAUGAUCAUCACCAGCUGGGUGGUCCCUGCUAUUUUUGCUUUUGGUAUGGUCUUUCUCAAGCUUAAUAUAAAGGGUUCUGAAAACUAUUUCUAUAACAAAGUCAGCUGUGUUGGAGGUUGCUUUGUAUUUUUUAGUGAAACAUCUGGUAUGGUGUCAUCCAUGCUGUCCUUCUUUAUCCCUGGAUUUAUUAUGGUUUGUGUUUAUGGAAAGAUAUAUAUAAUCGCCAGAAGACAAGCAAGAUCAAUUAAAGACGCAACCUAUCAAAUACAGUUUCAGAUAGAUCUUGCAGAAAAGCAGCAUGUAGCGGAACGUAAAGAAAGCAAAGCAGCCAAAACCCUGGGUACAAUUAUGGGAGUAUUCCUAAUAUGCUGGUCACCCUUCUUUUUCUGCACAGCUAUUGGACCAUUUAUAAACUAUGUCAUCCCAUCCAUUGUUGUAGACGCAUUUGUAUGGAUUGGAUAUUUAAAUUCAGCUUUUAACCCAAUGGUCUACGCUUUUUUCUAUAUGUGGUUCCGGAAAGCCUUAAAAAUGAUUCUGUUUGGAAAAGUGUUUCAGGUUGACUCUUCUAGAACAAUUUUGUAUUUAGAGUGAUCUACCCAAGUAACAACACAAAGUAUGUCAACAAGAAGUCAGACAUUUUAACAGACCUAUCUUGUACCAUAAAUUGCUUUUGUGAGUUUCUGAGACAUUUUUCUACUUUGUACUAUUGUGAAAGUAUAUGUUUACAUGAAAUAAAAACAUACUUAAAGCAGUCUAAUCAAAAUACAGGAUGUAUCCUUCUGUUUCAAGAACCGGUUACUGAUGUUUGCUAGAUGAUUGAUUUCUGAAUUUAGCCCUAUAUGUACAAAAGUAUUAAAGAAUAAAAUGCUAUUUAUUGCAUAUGCCAUUUAACUAAUCUUGGAAUAAAUAUUAAAAUUGUUAUUUAAAGUCGAACAUAAUUUCAUGAUUGGUAGCGAUUAGAUAUAGAUUGAUAUAAAGUGCACUGUAUGUAAUAUUCUAGUCUUUCAUUUCAGUACAUCUGUGUUGAAAAUGUUAUGUUUGCAAUAUACAUUCAGUUUUAUUGUUUGAUGACUAUGAAAAAUAUUUGUACAAGUUCCAAAAAAUAAAAGAACCGACCCCCACCCCACAAAAAUACCCCAUCGAUGUAAUUAAUAAAGAUAUCC